AGCGGGCGGUUUUAAGGUUGACGCGGGCGGCUAAAAAUGGACAGCGGGUCCAAAGACUUUUGGCAGGAUGGAGAAUUGUAUCCGUUAAUGGAUCUGCGGGUCUGGGCAGGAUUGGACAGAAAUAUUGCGAGAGUGACAGACACGGUCAGCAGAAGUGGACAGUAAUGAGCUCUGUUCGCCAGUAGCUGGAACGUGAAGGGGAAGCGUGAGCACAUUAUCCCAGGCAUUUCCCCGGAAGCCAUGAAGCUGAUCAUCGAGUACGCCUACGCGCACUCUCUGGUUGUCACGCCUGACAACGUGGAGAGCCUCCUGGUGGCCGCUGAUCAGUUUAACAUCCCAAGCAUCAUGCAGCACUGCAGCAACUUCCUGCAGGACCAGCUCUGCCUUGAAAACUGUGUUGGCAUUUUUAUAAUCGCCGACAUCUACCACCUCAGCGAGCUGCGGGAGUCUGUAUUUUGCAAUGUCUUGAGGAACUUCAAGGAGAUCGCCAGCUCCUCGGAGGAGUUCCUACAGCUCACUCUAGAGCAACUUGAUGACAUUAUCGAAAAAGAUGAGCUGAACGUUAGCCAGGAGGAGGUGGUGUUUGAGGCCAUCCUCCGAUGGAUCGCACAUGAGCCUUCCAGCCGCAAUGGCCACAUUGCUGUGCUGUUGCCCAAGGUCCGGUUGGCUCUAAUGAAUGAAGAGUACUUAAUGAGGAAUGUGAUAAACAAUGAUCUUGUAAAGGCCAGUAAGGAGUGCAGGCGCAUUGUCAGCGACGCCUUGAAGCCCGUGUACGACUUGGACAUCACCGGUCCACCCCGGUCUGACUUUGAAAACCCGCUGACCCGGCCACGCCUGCCAUCCGAAAUUUUGUUGGCCAUUGGUGGCUGGACUGAAAACCCAGCCAGUCAAAUCACGGCAUAUGACACCCGAGCCGAUCCCUGGGCAGAUAUGACGUUGGAGCACGAGACCCCCUGUCCUACCAUGGGUCAGUCUAUUUAUAUGGAUUUGUUUAUUUCAUUGGGGGGACUGACGGAUUAGUCUGCUCCAGCAGCGUGCGGAGGUUCAGUCCUUUUACGCGGACAUGGGACCAGGUGGCCCCAAUGCAGACACGACGCUGCUAUGUGAGCGUGGCUGUGGCUGAUGGCUACAUAUACGCCUUUGGCGGCUUUGAUGGCCUCACGCGCCUCAACACAUCAGAGCGGUACGACCCGGCAUCAAACAGCUGGACCUUCAUCCAGCCCAUGCAGGAGCGGAGGAGCGACGCCAGUGCCACCACACUGCACGGCAAGAUAUACGUCUGUGGUGGCUACAACGGCGAUACGACCGUCCAAACCGCCGAGUGCUACAACCCAGUCACUGAGCGAUGUACCACUAUAGCCCCAAUGACAACUCCCCGGCAUGGUGUUGGAGUCAUUGCUUACAGGGAUAAAGUCUAUGCAGUUGGUGGUACAUUCCAGUUCAAGUAUUUACGGAGCGUGGAGGCCUACGACCCUGUGAAUGACCGCUGGCAAGCUGUGAAGCCCAUGUACGAGACACGCAGCAACUUUGGACUCGAGGUGGUAGAUGACCUGUUGUUCGUGUUGGGUCGAUAUAGAUCACAAUUAAAGUUUGAGUCUCUUCA